AUGCACUAACCUCUAUAACAAGAACAUAAGUCUCUAAUUCAAUACUAUAUUUAUCAAGAUUUUUAAAAUCUAGUAAACCUGUUAUAUUCAAUGAUGGCAAUAAAAAAUUAUUUUGUAAAAUAGACUGAUCAUCCAAUGAUACCUAUUGGUCGAAAUAAAGUAAUUUUAUAAUUAAAUCUUUCUAACUCAAUCCAUUAUGAUUUAUAGCGAACAUAUUAAAGUGAGAAAGCAAAAGAAUUUAUAUAUGAGGAGAGAGGCAAAGUUAAAAGAAUGAUUGGAGGCUUAAAUUAAGAAUUAGGGAUUGAAUUAUAACAGUUCAUAAAUGAUUAUUAGAAGAAUAGUUUGAAUAAAGAAGUUGGAGUUUUUUAGAUUCCAUCAAAUAUGUAAUAACAACGAUCGUAAGGUUAAAAUUUUAAUUAAAAUAAUUUGGAUAAAUUUCUAGAUUAAUUUCUAAAUUAAUUAGAAGUGAUUGAUAAAUAAGUUAGUAAAAUAUAAACAACUAAAUAUUAUAUGGUACCUAAUAUAGAUGAAAUAAGAAAAAAAGCAUUGUAUUAUUAUUUUUAUUUUUUAGAGGUUUCUAUAUAUUGACAUUAACUUAAUUAUAAAAAAAUUUUCCAGGAUAAAUUCAAACUAAUGGUUAUCAAGAUAAUUUUCACCCAGAUAUGAAAUCUAAUUAGAAGAAAGACAAAUCUUGA